CCAGCCACUGUUGUGCUAACUAGCUGACGCGAUGGUCAUGGCUCGUCCGCAUUUACCCAUGUCAGUCUAGCUAACCUUACCAGUCGAACGGUGUUGUUGACGGAUUUUCUCGCUAAUAGGCUUUAUAUGACUAGUUGGCGAGCGAGCUGACCCUAUUUCAUUAGCUACCACGGUGUGUAGUUAGCGGGAGUUUGCUAAGGAAAGAUAGGUUAGCUAACUAGAUAUAAUCACCAACCACCACGAUGGAACUAGAAGCGAAAGUGAAAGUAGGCGGCUAACUCCGAGAGGACUGGCUGUUUCUCCAUUAACUUGUCCAGUAACUUGUUAUUUAGAAAGUUCGCGUAGAAAAUAGGUGACAAUUUAAUUUAAGGGUGCGUUUCCAUUGAACCAAGUGUUUUGUCGAUAAACUGGGCGUAAUGACGAUACACACAACGUUACAUAACAGUGUUGAUUACAAAUGUAGUGGUUGAAGUGUUUCCAGAACCCAUUUAGACAAGUUGAUCAUUACAUUGGCGACAGCCUAUAUGCCCUCUCACCUCAUGUGGGAGCCAGCAUGGAUAGAACGCAUUCAUUGAAUAAUAUUUGUAACACUUUUUUAGGUUUAAAAACUAGUUCAUUGCAUCUGACAUGGAGGCCAGUUUAAUAAUAUGACCAUAUGUCGCAGCUGCGUGCCGUAGUUUUGAAGUAAUCGCAAACAAAAACAGGCCAUGUUUUAGGGCCUUUUUCACCCUGCUCCUGUACCAGUAGAGCUUCCGUCCCUCUCCUCGCCCCUACCUGGGCUCGAACCAGGGACCCUCUGCACACAUUGACAACAGUCACCCUCGAAGCAUCGUUACCCGCCGCCCCACAAAAGCCGCGAAAAGAGAAAACAACGACUUCAAGGUCUCAGAGCGAGUGACGCCACCGACUGAAAGGCUAUUAUUGUGCAACCCAAGCCAUUUCACAGCGGGUUACACUGCUAUUAGCUCUGAGCACCAACUCUCUUCCCAGCCCAUUGUUCUGCGUUACAAUGCUGGCUUCGCGUUAACCCUGUAGGCUGAGCUCAUGUCAUUUGUUAAUAAUAAGAAUAAGGUUAGCAACUUGGUGGGCAAGCUCACUGUUCGCCUGGGUACACGUUGUUGAUAGCGAUGGCUGGCCCAUAACUACCAUACGGUACACAUGUUCUGGUCAUGGUUAACCAUUAUUUAUUUUCCAGAAAAAAGUAGUAACAUCUAAACACAACUCAUAUCCCUGUCCUCUUUUUCAAGAUGUGUCCGAUUUCAUUCUUCAUUCAAAGACUCAAUCAUUGACACUUACUGACAGAUGUGGCUGCUUUGUAUGAUGUAUUGUUGUCUCUACCUUACUGACCGUUGUGCUGUUGUUUGUGCCCGUUAAUAUUUGUACCAUGUUGUUGUUAUGUUGUGCUGCUACCAUGUUCAGUUGCUACCAUGUUCAGUUGCUACCAUGUUGUUGUUAUGUUGUGCUGCUGCCAUGUUGAGUUGCUACCAUGUUGUUGUUAUGUUGUGCUGCUGCCAUGUUGAGUUGCUACCAUGUUGUUAUGUUGUGCUGCCAUGUUGAGUUGCUACCAUGUUGUUAUGUUGUUUUGCUACCAUGUUGUUAUGUUGUGCUGCCAUGUUGAGUUGCUACCAUGUUGUUGUUUUGUUGAGUUGCUACCAUGUUGUUGUUAUGUUGUGCUGCUGCCAUGUUGAGUUGCUACCAUGUUGUUGUUAUGUUGUGUUGCUGCCAUGUUGAGUUGCUACCAUGUUGUUAUGUUGUGCUGCUGCUAUGUUGAGUUGUUACCAUGUUGUUAUGUUGUGCCUCUGCCAUGUUGAGUUGUUGUUAUGUUGUGCUGCCAUGUUGUUGUUAUGUUGUGCUGCUGCUAUGUUGAGUUGUUACCAUGUUGUUAUGUUGUGCCUCUGCCAUGUUGAGUUGCUACCAUGUUGUUAUGUUGUGUUGCUACCAUGUUGAGUUGCUACCAUGUUGUUGUUAUGUUGUGUUGCUACCAUGUUGUUAUGUUGUGUUGCUACCAUGUUGAGUUGCUACCAUGCUGUGUUGUCAGGUGUUGCUGCCUUGCUGUGUUGUUGUCUUAGGUCUCUCUUUAUGUAGUGUUGUGUCUCUUGUUGUGAUGUGUGUUGUCCUGUAUUUAUAUUGUAUUUAUUGUUUAAAUCCCAGGACUCCGUCCCCACAGGAGGCCUUUUGGUAGGUCGUCAUUGGAAAUUUAAAUUAGUUCUUAACUGACUUGUUGUCCUGUAUUUAUAUUGAGGCCUUUUGGUAGGUCGUCAUUGGAAAUUUAAAUUAGUUCUUAACUGACUUGCCUAUUUAAAGGUUAAAUACAUUUUUUUUUUUUAAAUUAAACAACCAGAAAGACAACCUUUUUCUAUUGAUGAUUUGUUAUCUAAAUGGCAGCUGGGUAAUUUGACAUGUUCAUAAGUGUCGAAUUGAGCGAAUGCUGCGCAGGUUCACUGAGUUGCAAACCAUAUGGAUGGGUUUAGCUCAUUGAUUUGUAGCUCUGACGCUGUUGCUACCCCAGAUUAUGAGCCUAGCAAGUGUCGUGAAUGAGGUAUGAGCUAUAACCUAUACUGUUUUUCCUCUUGAGCUGUUCACACCUACGGACAAAAGGGAAUGAGCUUUCUGCAUUGUACGCUCAAACCGGGUUCGAUUAGAAUGCCUAUUCAGAGUGUCCAGUUUCGAGUGACGCAUCAGUCAGCAUUUGACCGAGUCACACUGAUUUAUUUUUUCUUCACAGAAACAUAUUGCACGAACACAGACAGUCCUUACAAAGUUAUGUCCUGAAUGUAACACAUUUUAUUUUUGGAUGCAAUGUUCAGACAUUCACAGAAGUAAUGAUCGCAUAACACAAUCAUCCAAACCGAGAAAUGUAGGUAACAUUAGUCCUAACUGAGGAAAUAUUGACAUAAUACAAUCCGUCAUAUUUAGAGAAGUCUCGGCUGACAUAAACUACAAUAUGAAUUAGCUAAUAGCAAUUACUAUUCAUAAUUCAUCACAUCACAGGUGAGCUCAACAUUGAUCGAAAUAAUAUAGUAAAACACUUUCUAGAAUCGACAGUAAGCCGACGAUGGGGUAGUUUGUGUUGCCCGCCAUGUUUGUUUUUUAGUGUCAACCUAAGAUAAUAAGAGGAGACCAGAUACAUUUGGUCUGUUUGCAAUAUGCAUGUUGAAAGGGGGUGUGUUGUCUACGAUCAUCCACUUCCAUUCAUUCACUUCUGGAAGUUUACCCGAAAGAUGAGUGAACCAUUCCUUCACCUCAUUAUAACAUCUUUGGACUGACAGAAGUUUACGUGACCUCAGAAUGCAUUGUAUAAUGUCAACGAACCUUGACGCCACACACAGCUGCCAAAUAGCUUAGCAUUAGCUCAUUAUAAUCAACCUUCAAAAAAGCAUUUUACACACAUCAUAGGUGUCCAUUAUAAUCUAUGCAAUAAUCGGAAUGCAUUAUUUGUCACCAGUACUUGAAAACGUGACUAAAACUGUAAAUUCAUUAUGAUACAUACAUACUUCAUGCUACAGUAGAAACAACACGAUAUACAGAAAACAAGGAGCUUACUUUGAUAGGAAAGCACACAUGUCCAAAGUUAUUAUUUGUACGGAAAACAACAAGGGUUAGCGUUAGAAAAUGUCGUGCAGGACACAUGUCUGCAUACAUGAUCUGCGGAAACAUUGGUGAAGUGCGUGGGCUCUCCUCGAAGAGAGAAGUUUGUCCGGCUCAGUAAAACCUCAAACAUGAAUUGUCCUCUGCUGAAAUGGGCAACUUCUAUGUGAGUUAAUGAGGUGGAACACACCUCGAUUUAAACUGUUAGAAAAUAUUUGGAAGAUCUACACCAUUUCAUUCAGGAUAAUCUAUUCUUUCUAAAGAUGUAAGUCGCUCUGGAUAAGAGCGUCUGCUAAAUGACUUAAAUGUAAAUGUAAAUUUGGGCAGCUGACAGCUGGUGUUGAUAGUAUAGAAAGCUGUUAAAGAUGACAUUUUCACUCAUGGAACUUGGGAGGUCGCCCCAUUGUUUCCUAUAGGGGUAUAACUGUCUGUUUCACCAAAAAUCACACUGUGUAUAUUUCGAUUUUUUUUUUAAGUCGUACACCAAUUUAAUCAGGAGAAUCUCCUCUUUGUAAUUAUUUAAGUCUGGGCAGCGAGCUCCGUUGUCAUCGAACAAUAGACCAGAAAUAGUCAGAAGUUGUCAUGUUUCCACUACUUCGUCAUUACGCACACAUAAGCACAGUUGACACUAUCGACGGGUGGAUGUUUACUUUCUACACAAGUUUUUUUUUUUUUUUUCCAGUUUCGUCCAAACAGAUUGUUGUGGUAAAAUGACAAGGGAUACAUUUUGUUGUGACAUUUAGUGUAAAUGGAAUUAUAAGCGUCACUCCAUUCAGAAGAGACUCUGUGAAGCGACAUGGUGCAGCCCCAGGCAGACAUGGCCCUGCAGUGGGAGAUGGCAGGGGAAGAGGGUAACGUGGCUCUUCAGGUUCCUGUUGAGCUGGCAGCCAAUGAGGUGGUGACUAGACUACUGGGAGACAACCAGCAGCUCCGAGAGGCGCUGCAGCGCAGCAACCAGGCCCUGCGUCAGCGCUGUGAGGAGAUGGAGGAAUGGCAGCGGAGGUCUAGAGAAGAGAGAGAGUUCCUCAGCUGUCGUUUCCAGGAGGCCCGGGCGCUAGUGGAGAGACUGGCCAUGGAGAACCAUAGCCUCACCAGCCUGGCCAGCCCCUCUAGCCCCUCCAACCCUGGAGCGAACCAAGGCCUGCUGGUCAACGGCCCCAUCCAUGGCUCGGAGACCAACGGACCUAUGGCAUCCUCUCUGCCUGUAGGAGGAGGAAACAACUUUCUCCAGCUGCUGAAGAGCCACAAAGAGGAGUUGGAAGAAGGGAUGAGAGAUCUGAGGAGGAGGAAUGAAGAGCUGGAGAAAGAGAGGGAGGAGGGAGAGAGAGAGAGAGACUGCCUUCAUCGCUCGGUUGAGCAGCUCCGAACCAAACUGAGUUGUGGUGUUACUGAGGAAACGGCUCAGCGUUCCGAUGCCCCGCCCUCCUCUGACAGCUCCCACCUCUCCAAACUCACAGAGCAGCUUCAAGCCACACAGGGCAGGUACAGAGAGCUGCAGGAGCAGUUAGAUUCCCUCCAGAAGAGUUCAGCUCAGAGAGACAGAACUGAAGUGCUGCUUAAACAGAAGGACAAAGACUGUACCCAGCUGGAUAAGGAUGUGGAGGCGCUGAAGGCCCAGGUGACCUCUCUCCUGGGAGAGCUGAGAGAGAGACAGAGCUGUUUGGACCGGAGCCAGCAGGACCGCAACAUCCUGGACGACAGGCUGAGCAGUACUCGGGAGGCGUUGGCAGCAUCAGAGAGAGAGAUGGAACAACAGAGGAAGCAGCACUCUGUGACAGUAGACAAACUACUGCUGCAGACACACAACCUAGAGACCGCCCUGAAGACUGACCGCCUGGUUAUUACUGAGGAGAGGAGGAAGCUUGCCCAGCUGCAGCACGCCUACACCUGUCUGUUUAAGGACUACGACUCCAAACUCAAGACUGAGGGAGGAGACAUGGUGGUUCGUCUGGAGGAGGCAGAGAGAGCUUUGGCUCUGAAACAGGAUCUGAUUGACAAGCUGAAGGAAGAGGUGGAGCAACAGAGAGGAUCUCUAGAGACGGUUCCUGUUCUGACUGCCCAGGCUGAGAUCUACAAGGCAGACUUCCUAGCGGAGCGGGAGGCCAGAGAGAAGUUGAACCAGAGGAAGGAGGAGCUUCAGGACCAGCUGAACAAAGCACUGGCUGAGCUGGAGCGUCUGAGACAGGAGGGGACCUCACGGGCUCGGAUGGAGAAGAUGCAGCAGAGACACCUGGAGGUCUUCAGACCACCACGACCCCACAUCACCCCCCAAUCAGGGAGUGCCUUUAACUCCUCCUCCCGCAGCGUGGGAUUGUCUGCAGAGGGAGUGGCUGGGGGAGUGGCUGGAGGCGGGGCUGAAGAGCUUCCUGACUACCGCUGUCCAAAGUGCCAGUACCAGGCCCCCGACAUGGACACACUGCAGAUACAUGUCAUGGACUGUAUCCAGUAACACACACACACACACACACACACACGAGUGGCAGGGGGUGUCUCUGGAGGCGGGGCUGAAGAACUUCCUGACUACCGCUGUCCAAAGUGCCAGUACCAGGCCCCCGACAUGGACACACUGCAGAUACAUGUCAUGGACUGUAUCCAGUAACACACACACUUAGACAGAUUGGGGGGCUGAAACAACAGUAGCUCAUCAGCAUGAUGACAUCAUUGUCAUAGACCUCUUUCCUUCCCACCAUUUACAGUCCUCCCCCCCAUAACCCUCUUUUUCUCUCUCCAUAUCAAUCUUUACAUAUUUUAUUUAUUUAACUAGGCAAGUCAGUUAAGAACAAAUUCUUAUUUACAAUGAAGGCCUAGGAACAGUGGGUUAACUGCCUUGUUCAGGGGAACAGUGGAUUAACUGCCUUGUUCAGGGGAACAGUGGGUUAACUGACCUAAAACAGUGGAUUAACUGACUUGUUCAGGGGAACAGUGGGUUAACUGCCUUGUUCAGGGGAACAGUGGUUUAACUGACCUAGGAACAGUGGGUUUACUGCCUUGUUCAGGGGAACAGUGGUUUAACUGACCUAAAAACAGUGGAUUAACUGACUUGUUCAGGGGAACAGUGGGUUAACUGACCUAAAAACAGUGGAUUAACUGCCUUGUUCAGGGGAACAGUGGGUUAACUGCCUUGUUCAGGGGAACAGUGGAUUAACUGACCUAAAAAUAGUGGAUUAACUGACUUGUUCAGGGGAACAGUGUAUGAACUGCCUUGUUCAGGGGCAGAACAACAGAUUGUUACGUUGUCAGCUCGGGGAUUUGAACUAGCAACCUUUCAGCUACAAGUCCAACGCUCUAACCACUAGACUACCUGCCACUCUCUCUCUCCAUAUCAAUCAUUCUCUCUCUCUCCAUAUCAAUCUCUCUUUCUCUCUCUCCAUAUCAAUCUCUCUCUCUCCAUAGCUCUCUUUCUCUCCAUAUCAAUCUCUUUCUCUCCAUAUCAAUCUCUCUCUCUCCAUAUCAAUCAUUCUCUUUCUCUCUCCAUAUCUCUCUUUCUUUCUCUCCAUAUCUCUCCCUCCUUCCUGCUAUCCCUCUCAGGCUGAAAGUGUUAAUGAGUCUUCUGACCCUGUGUACCAGGGUUUAUUCAUUACGGAAACCGUUUAAGAACCAAACUGAAGCAAACAGAGCAAAACAAGUUUCUAUUGGACAAAUUCAGGUAGGUCCCGCCCCGUUUUGUUCUGUUUGCUUCAAGUUAGGAAACGUUUUGCAACAAAUUGAAUACCGCCCUGUGGUGUCUGUCAGUAUGUAAGAGCAUGAUAAUUCACCAUGGCCAUUUGUGUGAGUAUUGUCUGUAAUUCUAGGUCUUUUGAGUACAGUGUUUUAAAUUGUUGUAUUAGAGACGUAAUAAAUAUAUAAAUAUUGACAUA